GCCACUGGCAUUAAUUAAACACGGGGUUGUUUAGUUUCCAGCCAGCAACUCAUACGAUACCGGAGACAACCUUGGCAAGAAUAACUACACCUUUUCUCUUGCAAUACUCAUUACAUUCUUUUACACUAUCAGUUUAUCACAUUAUGGGUCAAUCAUCUUCACAGCAAUCUACCAGUGAGCCAUACCUUGCUAAGCCAAGUGGUAGUUGCUGUCUGAAAGGCACCAUCCACGAGGGCGAGUCAAGAGGCACCUGGGAAACCAUUGCAGAUGUCGAAACAUAUAUCUCAAAACCAGCACCCGAAAAAGCAAAUGGGAACAUUCUACUGUACUUUCCAGAUGUAUGGGGCAUGUUCCCCAACGGGCUAUUAGUCAUGGAUGCCUUUGCGGAUGCAGGCUAUCUAGUCCUGGGGCUCGACUACUUCCGUGGGGACCCCGUUUGGAAGCAUCGGAAAGACCGCCAUACCCAAAAUCCUGACUUUGACUACGAAGCCUGGAAGCGCAAGCACACUGCCUUUGCAGAUGUUACUGUUCCAAAAUGGGUCGCUGCCGUUAAGAACAGCUAUGGAACGAACACAACAAAGUUUGCUUGUGUUGGGUACUGCUUCGGAGCGCCGUAUGUGUGCAAUGAGCUGAAAGGCGAUACGGUGACAGUUGGAGCUUUUGCUCACCCAGCGUUCCUUAAGGAACAUCACUUUACAGACCUUAAGAAGCCUCUAUUCCUCUCAUGCUCAGAAGUCGAUCAUACGUUUGAUGUGCCAUCUCGACGUCGAGCGUUGGAUAUCCUACAGACCAACAAGAAGGUCUUUCACUAUCAAGUAUUCUCUGGUGUUGAGCACGGAUUUGCUCUGAGAGGUGAUCCUAAAAAUCCCUACCAACGAUGGUAUAGAAUUGAGGUGAUCUCAAUUGACGGGAUGAGAUUCCGGGGGAAACCCGAUCAAUAUCUUGUCAAAACAACCUCAUCAAACUCACUUAUUCUCGCAAUGACACCCCCUCGAGCUUUCGAUUUCACCGGAGAUGUGGCAAUCGUCACGGGUGCAGGCUCCCGCAUGGAUGGCGAGAUUGGCAAUGGUCGUGCGGCUGCCAUCCUCCUUGCACGCCAUGGGGCCAAGGUCGCUCUUGUAGACUUCAACUUGGACUGGGCUAAGGAGACCAAGCGUAUGAUUAAUGAGGAGGGUGGUAUGUCAGAGGUGAUUCAGGCCGACGUGACAAGUGAGGAGUCGUGCAAGAAUGCUAUCGACAAGACUGUCGAACUAUGGGGGGCUCUUCACAUCCUUGUCAAUAUCGUUGGUGUUGGCGGUGCAAUGGGCGAUGCCACAACAAUCAACCUCGAUGCUUGGGACAGAGACUUUCGCAUCAAUGUCACAAGUAUGGUCAUGAUGAGCCGAUAUGCCAUUCCUGAAAUGAGGAAGCAGGGCCGUGGAUCUAUCGUCAACAUGUCAUCUGUUAGUGGUUUGCUCGGUGGUAACCCCAGUUUGCUGUACCCUACCACCAAGGGUGCCAUCAUCCAAAUGACACGUGCCAUGGCGGCUCAUCACGGUCGUGAGAACAUCCGCGUCAAUUGCGUCGCACCAGGCAUGGUGUAUACUCCUAUGACAAGAGGACGCGGAAUGACGGAUGAGAUGAGACAAGCUAGAAUUAACCAGAACUUGAUGAAGAAGGAGGGGACAGGCUGGGACGUUGGCUAUGCUAUCUUGUUCUUGGCUAGCAAGGAGGCUGGCUGGAUCACAGGUCUGAUCAUGCCUGUCGAUGGAGGCGUAAGUACCAUUCUUUAUACAACAACCUGA